AUGUACGACGCUGCAACAUGGGAAGAAGCCAUAUCUAAUGCACUCACUAAGGUGAAUCAAGGUAGUGCUAUCAAGUAUGAAAGAGUCAAGAACUUCACAAAGGAAAAUAGUGAAGAAAUCUUGUCUUUGCUUUCAGACUCGUACAAGGACAUACCAUACCAUAAGUACACUUUCGAAUCAAGUCCUAAAGCGAGAAGGUCAUACCUUCUUGCUGGACUAGGCAAGAGGGUCGAUCCAGAUGUUUGCGAGAGGGACGACACUAAUGAGUCUUUAUCCCAGGGAAGACUUACAACUCUGAGUGCGUCAAUCACACAUUCAUCACCCAUCUCAGGCACUGCUAACUCGCCCAUCACUUAUUCUUCACAAUCAUCAAGAGACGACGUCAGUGCGUACUUUGAGAAGAUGUUUGAAGAACUACCUUACAACGUCUUGGACUGGAUUUCCGACGUUGAAAAUCCAGCUCAAGAGGUCAUCCAAUCGACGUACGACUUUGACAAGAGCCAAGCCAUCGAUGUAUGUUUUAUGGCCACCCGGGAGGAAUCCAGAUCCCACGGAUAUGGAACAGAACUGCUGUCCGUGAUUACAGAUGUGGCACAGAGGAUGGACGUACCUGUCAUGCUGUUGAGUGCCACAGAGGAGGCCGUGAGAUUUUACAAGAAAUCUGGAUUUUUCGUCAAUCGCGAAGAAACGGGUGAAGGGAAAGGGACGCUCCCUUUUGAAGGUCAAGAAGACGCCCACUUGUUCGCUUUGAGUUAUAUCCCGGACGGCUUGACUGGUGGUACGGAUGGCGAUUGCGAGCAGAGUGCCACAACCGAUUUUACAGCCAAUAGUUCGCAAUAG